AUGGCACGCCCCUUUCCAUACAAUUUCAUAUCAUGCCCCUGCGCCGAAAGCCCACCUCCUACGCCAGCUUCAAAUCGGCUCUCCAAAGACCUCUCCAGCCUAAGCCUUAAGACACCAGACUCGGACGAAGAUGAACGAACGUUUGACCCGAGGUCACGGCGUGCAAACUACUCCCUAUACCCCCCAGAACACCUCCUAUACUGCGAAGACUGCCAUCAAAUAAAAUGCGCAAGGUGUAUAACAGAAGAGAUAGUUUGUUGGUAUUGCCCCAAUUGUCUGUUCGAGACACCGAGCAGCAUGGUAAGAAGUGAGGGUAACAGAUGUGCGCGCAACUGCUUCAAUUGUCCCAUUUGCACAUCGCCAUUGACAGUAACGACCACGAGUAACACGGAGAAUGGAGCUUCUCAGAGUGGUCCAUGGAUCCUAUCUUGCGGCUAUUGCAUGUGGACAAGCCUUGAUAUCGAUAUAAAAUUCGACAAGCCAACCAACAUACGCGCUCAGUUGUUAGCUCUAAGAAAUGGGGAAAUGAGAAGACCAUCAGAAGCCAGGUUUUCACAAUUCAAAUCACCGCUCGCGAGCUUUGCCUCCACACCCAGCUUGCCUGAGGAGGAGCAAGAUGAGAAACUAGGAAGUCCGAUGUCCUUUGACAGCAAGCCUGCGCUUGGCCAUGAUGCCAGGUUUAUGGCCCUGAAGAGCUUCUAUCGCACUCAGAUUGCUGAAACGUCAUCAUCACCAUCAGAUCACUUGAUGGGAGGCGACUUUGGGUUAUACUCAUCCCCAAAUGCGUUGAGCCGUAUUAUGUCCCUUUACAACACUAGUGUUGGAAGUAUGCAUGGCAAUAAUAAAAGAAACAAAUCUAAGCCCCCAGUUAUGCGCGAAGCUCUGACGCAGGCGGAGGGGCUAGUUCUACCUGCUCCUGGAUCCGCAGACGCUAUCAUUGAAAAGAUGGCCACUGAAGGGUGGGAUGGACUGGCAUCUAUGGAGCAACGACAGUUCCAGCAACCUUCCGCACGCUUCGUUGAUGACUUGUUACCACUUCCGGUCCUACUACGCACAAAGAGAUCUAAACGAUGCAAGGCUUGCAAGCAUAUCCUCGUCAAACCAGAAGUGAAGCCCCAGUCAACUAGGUUCCGCAUCCGACUUAUUGCCCUCAGCUAUCUGCCCCUCACCUCCAUUCGCCCUCUUUACCCAUCCUCAGUUGCUCUUCCGAUUAAUUUGGAGGCCCUUGAGCCCCUAAAGCCAAUUCAAUUUCUUCUAACUCUCAAGAACCAUAUGUUUGACCCUAUCCGUGUCACCCUUGCAACACCAUCUGUGACACCCGGACCAGUUUCUACAAAGGUGACAAUUCUCUGUCCUCAACUUGAAGUUGGCGCCAAUACGGAUGUUUGGGACGAAGCCCUUCAAUCAGGCAAUAUUCCUGAUCCAAGGUCCUCCCGACAUGGCGUAGAAAAAGUUGCUGAAGCAGGCAAAGUAUGGGAUAAGGGGCGCAAUUGGACCACUGUUGCUAUGGAAGUUGUUCCCGGUGCUAUCAAGAACAAAAACAAACAAGUCCAGCAAGAUAUAAAUGAAGAGGACCAUGAUGUAGUUGAAAUUCCAGUGUUUGUGAGAAUUGAGUGGGACGCAGACAGUGGGAACGAAGACUUGGGAUUCCGUUCUGAAAAUACCAAGAAGACGGAGUCAGAGACGGUGAAAAGAGAGCUGGCAUAUUGGAUGACACUUGGGAUAGGGAGAAUUAAGUCAGAUGCUUUUUGA